CAUGCAGUCUACAUAGCUGGCCAAUCUAUAAAUUUACCUACGAGUCUCUCGUGUUUCCCCAAGUUACCGUCGCUCCGAGUGAUCUUGUUCCUGCUCUCUCAUUGUUCGACUUGUGAUCCCGUAUGAUCUAGCUCAUCGUCACACCAGAAGCUUAGACGUAGUAUAAAACAUGACAGGCCUACGGCGCCUAACGGCGGUAUUGGCUUUCGUCUUGUCUCCUAUCGUCUCCAGUCUCUACCAGAAUGGCUCGUCCUUUGCGGCUUGCGACUCGCCCCUCUAUUGUCAAGGUGACGUCCUAAAACAGAUCGAAUUAGCUCAGCCUUUCUCCGAUUCCAAGACAUUCGUAGACUUGCCGACAAAGGCGCCCUUAGAUGAAGUUCUUGCAGCCUUCGACAAGCUCGCUAAGCCUCUCAGUAACAAUACAGAGCUUAACGAUUUCUUGUCGACUUACUUUGGCCAAGCCGGGACCGAGCUAGCUCAAGUUCCAAGAGACCAGCUCGAGACUAAUCCUGCGUUCCUAGAUGAUAUUGAAGAUUCUGUGGUCAAACAAUUUGUAGAAAAGGUCAUUGAUAUAUGGCCCGAUUUGACCAGGACUUAUGUGGGUACCAGCAACUGCACGGGAUGUGUCGAUAGUUUCAUUCCGAUCAAUCGCACUUUCGUCGUCGCCGGUGGCCGGUUCAGAGAGCCUUACUACUGGGACUCGUUCUGGAUUCUAGAGGGUUUGCUAAGGACUGGUGGCAGUUUCACUCAGGUCUCCAGAAAUAUCAUCGAAAAUUUCCUUGAUUUCGUUGAGCAAUUCGGAUUUGUUCCUAAUGGUGCACGCAUAUACUAUCUGAAUCGCUCCCAGCCGCCCCUCCUGACGCAGAUGGUUAAGACGUAUAUUGACUAUACCAACGACACGAGCCUCCUCGAACGCGCGUUGCCUCUGCUCAUUAAGGAGCAUAACUUUUGGAUAGAGAACCGCACAUUAGCAAUCACGUCGGGGGGUGACACCUUUCAUCUUGCCCAUUAUGAGGUCCAAAACACCGAGCCACGACCAGAGUCAUAUCGCGAGGACUACAUUACGGCCAACAAUAGGUCAUACUACGCAGCCUCCGGUAUCAUUUAUCCCGAAUCGCAUCCUCUAAAUGACAGCGAGAAGGCCGAGCUCUACUCUAAUCUUGGCGCGGGAGCUGAAUCGGGAUGGGAUUACAACACACGAUUCAUUGCCAACCCAUCAGAUGCCGCCAGGGACGUUUAUUUCCCGCUACGCUCUCUCAAUACCAACAACAUAGUCGCUGUAGACCUAAACUCGAUACUAUAUGCCAAUGAGAUGGUCAUUUCAGAUUAUCUAGAUAAGAGUGGUGAUAGCACGCUGGCUACGGAAUUCGAGCAGCUAGCUAAGAAUCGGUCAGAAGCCAUGUAUGCGCUGAUGUGGAACGAUAAGUACAUGAGCUAUUUUGAUUACAACCUAACCUCGGGAGCGCAAGACCUCUACGUGCCAUCGGACGCGGACACUACCUCAGCGCAGAAAGCAGAUGCCCCCGAAGGCUAUCAGGUAUUUUUCCACGGCGCUCAAUUCUACCCCUUCUGGCUAGGCGCAGCUCCUCCGCCACUCCGGGACAAUCCCCUAGCCGUGAAGCUCGCGUUCGAGCGCGUUUCAGACCUUGUCUCUGAGAAAGCCGGUGGUAUCGCUGCCACAAACUACCGAACCGGCCAGCAGUGGGAUCAACCGAAUGUCUGGCCGCCACUGAUGUAUGUGCUCAUGAAGGGUCUGCUCAAAACCCCUGCGACUUUCGGCAAAGAGGAUCCUGCAUAUCUCGAAACCCAGGACCUUUCUCUUAAGUUGGCGCAGCGCUAUUUAGAUAGCACGUUUUGUACGUGGCGGGCGACGGGUGGCUCUACGGAUGAGACACCAAAACUAGAGGGACUUGGUCCGGAGAAUGUGGGAAUUAUGUUUGAGAAAUACGCUGACGACUCGACUAACGUUGCCGGCGGAGGAGGAGAGUACGAAGUUGUCGAGGGAUUCGGGUGGACAAAUGGCGUGCUGAUCUGGGCGGUCGACACAUUUGGCAACAAGCUGAAGCGACCAGAUUGUGGUAAUUUGACAGCAGCGGAUGUCGACCGGAAGUUAAGAAAACGGGAUUCUUUCGGUCAGCGAGCAGUUGAGUUAUCCUCUUAUGAUGCUCGGUGGAUCGCAAAUCCCGGCCGGGCACGAUAAAGGAGGUAAGGUGUGUUACAUGAUAUAUGUCAAGAUGGGUCUGUAAACAUACAGGCACUGUAACGUGGUCUAAUAGCCUACAUAUUUAAGAUAUUUGUAAUAACUAUUGUCAGUAUGAAAGAGUAUAAAGUAUGCGUUUCUUACUUCUAUACAAUAAGUACUGGGUCAUAAAAUCAAAUCCAUGAGGGGGCUUUACGAUGAGAGGCUGCAACAUAAAUGAAAUGCAUAUCUGAUUUACAA